CGGGGCCGCGGGAUCCGUCCGCGCUCGCUGCCCCCGUGUAGUUCUCGAGUCGUCUGUCCUCGGCGGCGGUCCGCGGGUGACAUGCAGUCCCUCAUCUCUCCGGUGACCAAGGCUAUCCUGGUGGCUUUGUUCAUCUUCGCCAUCCUGCUGAUCCUCUACGUGAUUCUGUGGUACAUCUGCCGCGAUGUGGAUUGCGACCAUGGGAUCUGAGCGGCGCCGCGGGGCCAGGGCUUAGGAGCCGGGAUUCACCCCGCGGGGCCGGGAGCGGCAGCGGGAGCCCCUCCGGGCGGCAGCCGCCGCCACCGCGGCCGAGCAGAGGAAGAGAAGGGGAAGGAAAGAAAAGAGGAAAAAAAGAAAAAAAAAAAAAAAAGCGAGCGAAGGACCGAGCCGAAAGAGCCCGGAGGACAACUGCGAUCAAGAAACCAACCUGAGCUUGACCUUCAGAGACCAGGGUGACCCGUUUUCCCUACACAAAAUGGAAAGGUUGCUAUAGUGACUGGAGGCACUAAAGGAAUUGGUUACCAAACUGUGAAGCAUUUGGCAAGACUUGGCAUGCAUGUGAUAAUAGCUGGAAACAGUGAAAGUGAUGGCCAAGAAGCGGUGAGGAAAAUAAAAGAAGAAACUUUGACUGGAAAAGUGGAGUUUUUAUACUGUGAUUUGGCUUCUAUGAAGUCUAUACGGCAAUUUGUGCAGCAGUUUAGAGCAAAGAAUUGUCCACUCCAUGUCCUGGUGAAUAAUGCUGGGGUGAUGCUGGUCCCUGAAAGGAAGACGGAGGAUGGGUUUGAGGAGCACUUCGGCUUGAACUACUUGGGACACUUCCUGUUGACUAACCUCCUCUUGGAUACGCUGAAGCAAUCAGGAACGCACAGUCACAACGCUAGGAUCAUCACUGUCUCAUCAGCCACCCAUUAUGUAGGCAAAUUGCACCUAGACGACUUACAAAGCAGAUGUUCGUAUUCACCCCAUGGAGCCUAUGCCCAAAGCAAACUUGCCCUUGUGUUAUUUACCUAUCGACUACAGCAUCUUCUGACUGCAAAUGGAAGCCAUGUGACUGCUAAUGUAGUAGACCCUGGAGUAGUGAAUACUGAGCUCUACAAGCAUGUCUUUUGGGUUGUGAAAGUGGUCAAAUGGAUGACAGCCUGGCUAUUUUUCAAGACCCCAGAGGAAGGAGCCUCUACAACCAUCUAUGCAGCAAUAUCGCCCGAGAUGGAAGGAGCUGGUGGCUGCUACCUUUACAAUGAGGAAAGGACAAAAUCGGCUGAUGUAGCAUAUGAUGAGGAGCUGCAGAGAGUGCUCUGGACAGAAAGCUGCAAGAUGGUUGGGAUUUCUGAUGAAGCCAACAGGCUUCUCUAGAAGAAGCCACUUUCAGCUGGGUAAAUGAAAUGCAUUGAAAAGCAUCUUAGGUGAAAUCUUGCAGCAUCAGUCAUCAUCCUGGAAAUCACUGUUCAGUCCCAAAGGCAAACAUGAACAGCUCUGUUCUUCACUUGAAUCCCUAAUCUGCUAGGGUGUGGGGGGAAUAUUCCCACAGAAAGGUGUAGUGGUUGGUUUUAAAUCUAACCAUCAGUUUUGUAAAUCAUUCUGUUUCAGUCUGUGAUUAAAAUACAAUCUUUAAACAUGUGCA